GAGCGCUAGCCAGGGUUUUAGAAGACGAGGGCAAUGGAUUGGCGUAGUGGCCUAUGCUCCGAUGCGCGGAAUAAGAUCGUCGAGAGAAUAAUGGACACGCUCCAGAAGCAUAUGCCACACAAUCUGCCCGACGGCAUGAACGAGCUGCUCGAGAUCGCAUGCCGCUUCGAGGAGAGGGUUUACAUGACGGCGACGGAUCAGCAAGACUAUAUCCGGAGGAUAUCCGUGAAGAUGCUCUCGCUAGAGUAUAAGUCGUCCCAGAACAACAGCAACGCUCCCCCGCCAAAUCCGUCGGAUGCGUCUCAGAUGGUUUCUGGGACUUCGUCUCUCAUGGGUCCUCAGCAGCCAGGGCUCCAGCAGCAGCCCCAGCAAAUCCAGCAGCAGCACAUCCAGCAGCAGCAACCACAGCAACAACAACUUCAGCAGCAGCAGCAGCAGCAGCAGCAAUUACACAUGAGACAAGCUCAAGCUCAAGACCAACUGAGUGGUCGCGUCAGACCACAUCAGUCUUGGCAAGGGAAUCCCAUUGCCACAGAGGACCGAGAACCUCACAGCUCUCAUCCGAGAACCUUCCCUCGGAGACCGAGAACCUUCCCUCGCAGACAGAGAAUCUUGUUUCGCAGGCUCAUCCUCUGAGCGUCCGGCCUCCUGUUCCUGCUCGUACUUACGUUUUCUGUCACGAAUAGCAUGGAGAUGUGCG